AAAUACCAUUUAUAUAAACCAAAGCUUUUGGAUAUUUAUCCCAACUUCUUGCAAGUUCAAACAUGUAUUGCGCCAAAGAUUGUAACUGCAGUUUGUGCAGAGAACUGAGAGGUUUUAAACCCAUUAAAAUUCCCAAGAAACCAGCACCUCGCCCUCCUAGUACCUCCAUUUUUGGACGACUUAAUGAGAAUUUCAUUUUACGCAGACGUGGUUCCAGUUCCCUUAAAACAUUUCAGCCACAGUCCCUGAAAUGCAGUGAAAUGUGCCAACAGCGCGAUAUGGGACACAUUUAUGAUUUCUGCAAACGCCAAACGAAUACACCAUCACCCACACCUGUAACACAAGCUCCCUCAUCUACUUCGCCCAUCUUAGGCAAAGACAAACCCGCCACAGCGCCAAAACCCAAUCACAAGGUUGUCAUUUACUUCGGUGACUCUUUGGCUUAUCGUGGUAAAUCCAAUUUAAUAGAUGCCACCAAAGAAUCAAAAGCGGAGGAGGUGGUGAUGGAGCAGAAGCAGAUGGCGGCAUCGUUACCUUCAACACUAGAACUGCAAAUAACUAACAACCAGCUGCAGAAUGAGGUCAUGAGUAGAAGUAGUGAAGCGUUAAAGAACGAUGAAUUGCCGCCAUACAUUGAAAGUGUGGAGAAUGGUGUGAUUAAUAUUAAAAUUGAAGGCAACUAUCAGCGAGCUACUGCUUUGGUGGAAAAGGUAUCGAAACCUACCCAAGCUGUGGUGGGUAAACCAAAGGAUAUUAGUGAUGAUGAGUGUAGCGAAGAUGGUGAUGAUGUUCUCAGUGAACCUUGUGAUUGGAGUUUUGUGCAGGAAUGGAGAGCACGGCCAAUUGGUAAUAUACGCCCCGAUAUAAAUUCACAACAGCCUAAUGCUGCUGCUCCCUUUUCCUAUACAUCGGGUUUGCCGGUUACAACGAAUCACUCAAGUGCCAAUAUUUCGCCAUUGAAUGCAUCCGCACUGCAGAAUCCUUCAACGCCAUCGGGACGUAUACAAAAUCCAGCUGUGGCCACGCCAGCACCACGAAUACCCAAAGAAGUGGCUCAAAGGCCUUUAAUACCCACAUCGGGAGGGCAUAGUAAUGCAACUCCGAUAAACAUCUCCUCUAAUGGUACAACAUAUUUUGAGAAUUCUCAAACAAAACAUCACACCUCUUCGGCUUCCAAUUGCAAUAAUAUAACCAAACCCAUACCACAGCGAGCUAUAGCUGGACCUGCACGUUUAACGGUACAAAGUACUCCAGUUAGAUCGCAACCGCCCAUGUUAAGUGGGAGUCUGAAUCAACAACAGCAGCAGCAGCACCUAAAUACCAGCACACCUCUGAGGAGUUCUGAAAAAUCAUCUAUGGAUUUUAGUUCGGCCAACAUAGGUAUACCAAUCGAUUCGGGUUAUCAACACAGUCCAAACACUUCCACAAAACCCAAUCAUUCGACACGUACUCAUCAUCAUGAAUUCCGCGCUUUGGAACGUGUGCAAGAGUGUCAUAGUUCCUCAGAUGAAAAUCGCUCAUCUGGACAUGCUAGCAUGUCAGAUACGGGAGGCCAUGGUAGUUCUUCACCAGGUGGCGUGGCCUUAGGACCUUUGCCAGAAGAUCGUUUAGCUGCUGGAGUUACAAACCGCAGUACGCGGUCACGUACUACUGCCAAUCAUCCUAGAGCCAGACAUCGAGCUACGCCUGCUAAAGCUCCCUGGAGCGGCAAUGGCUUGGAAGAUAUUAAGCUAGCCAUACAGCAGCUUACAAUGCGUUCCCAGACUAGUACCAGCACCUAUAGCAGUAUCAGUGCCGGUUCAGAGAGCUCCGAACCAGCAAGACGUUUAGGUCGUUAUGCUUCCUUGGAAACCGUGAAUACAAAUGUAACCAGUGCCGAUGAAUUUGUUUGGGUGGAUUCCCAUAAUCGUUUGGUGGAGUUGCAACAUCCUCCCUGGAGCCAGCAUUGUAUAAUGAAAGUUGUACGUGAUGGUCGUUGUAAAGAUCAAGCGGAUCGUGUGUCACCUGAUGCUGUUUCACGUUUGGGUUACCUAUUACAAAGAGCUCUAGUGCGUAUAGCUCGUGAGGUUCAACGUCUAUCUUCCAAUCUUGGUUUAUGUUCAAAGCAAGAAGUUGCAGGUGCAUUUAAAAUUGUCCUGUGCCCUGUGCUGGCAGAUUCCUGUAUUAAAGCGUGUCUUAGAGCGGCAGCUAUGUUUGCGGUACCAGGUGAUAGUGCUCUCAAGCAAAGUAAAUCCUCUAGAGCCGGUAUUCAGCUGUCGGUGGGGAGAUUUCAUCGCUGGAUGACUGAUUCUCGACUAGGAAAAUUUAUACAUGAAUAUGCUGCUGUAUAUUUGUGUGCAGGCAUUGAAAAUCUGCUGGAAGAAAUAUUACUUCAAUGUUUUCUUACUGACUCGACUUCACAAUUAACUGCAGCUGCUCUGGAACAUGCCAUAUCAAUAUCUGGUGAUAUGUGGGGCUUACUUCAGCCAUUUGCUCAUCUGAAUGCAGGCCGCAUAGCUUCAGGUGCCCUAACAAUGCCGCGAUGGGCAAGUCAGUCGUCUUUAGGUUCGGGUACUCAUCAAAGUGGUUCGUCGGCAGGCAGCAGUAAUAUAAGUUUAGAACCUUGUCUACUAACCACCUGUGUGGGCAGUGUCAAUGAGCUGAAAGAGCUAACUUUAAGAGCUCAGCAAAAAUUUCAACAUUGUGCAAUAUCAAAUGCCGCUUUAUCUGCUCUUUUCUAUUUUAUGAGGUGUUCGCAAUUGGAGCACAGUGAAUUUGGUUCUCAGCAAGGAGCUGUUAGUGCCAACAACUCAAAUGCUAACAGUAGUCAGAAUGUGCAAGAACUAUGUUACGAACGUGCCUAUGUAGUGCUGCCCCCUUUGGUGGAAUGGUUAAGAGUAGCAUCGGCUCAUGCUGAAUACCGCUGUGCUGUUAUGGUAGACAAGGAUGAUAUAAUGCAGGCGGCCAGACUAUUACUACCAGGAGUUGACUGUCCCAUGCGUUCCGUGUCACAUGACGAAGAACUUCCUACGAAAAAGGCACACUUUCCCCACUUAGCCACGGCUACACCCAUACCAAUGAGCAUAAGUGAAGACACCUCCGAGUUAGGGAAACGUGCAACAAUUGCUUUGGCUUUUAAACUAAUGCUAACGGGGAGAGCUGAACUUCUAGCUCAGGCUUCAAACUUGCUACCGCCAACUACCCGCUAUGAUACCCUCAACCAUGCUGGAAUGACGGCUUUAAUGAUUGCCAGCAUAAGAAAUGAUGAAGUGGUCAUACAAGCUCUACUUGAUGCAGGCUGCGAUCCAAACAUUGAAGUUCCUGCAAUAGGUAAUCAAAACUAUCCCGCCAUCCAUCCGGAUACACAGCACUGGACUUCGGUAACAUUUGCGGCCAGUAGAUCGAAUUUUUUGGCUUUAAGAUGCCUAUUGGAACGUGGUGGCAAGGUGGAAGGUGGAGCCAGGCAGAGUGAAGAUAAACAUACUUUAACACCUUUGCAAGUGGCAUGCGGCUCUGGCAAUAUUGAAGUGGUUUCUUUGCUGCUAGUGCAUGGAGCUAAUGCUUUCCUGUCUACCCAACAAAAGGACUCAAUGAGUUUUGCUGGCUCAGCACAAAGAGGCUGUUAUUGUGCUAUAUCUGUAGCGGCAGCUCAUGGUCAACGUACGGUAUUAAGAAAACUUUUAUCGACGCCUAUAUCCCAAGGAUCCAAGGAUGUUUUGUCCUUGGAAGAAAUGUUGGCCGAGGGUGAUAGUCCAAGCGCUAGAGCAACCACGGUGGCAGAUCGUUUAGCGAAUAGCGAAAUUGCAAAUACUCUAAACAAAACUCAGAUCAAGAGUCUACAAGAAGCCAUGUACCACAGUGCUGAAAACAAUCAUUUGGAUAUUACGAUUGAAUUACGAACGCUAGGCGUGCCUUGGACUUUGCAUUGCUGGAUGCAUGCUUUAGCGGCAGCUCAUGAAAUACGCCUCGAUGCUGUUAUAGAUCAAUUGCUCCAAGACUUUUUACAAGUAUGCCCCGACGACUAUAGCGUUCAAUUUGUUAGCGAAUGCUUGCCUUUGCUGUUUAAUAUAUUCCGUUAUAGCAAGAAUGAAGGCACCACCCUGUUGCUGGCCGACAUAUUUGCCACCUGUUUCGGCUGGCAACAAAUCAAAGUUAUUAAGGAGCCUGUUUCACAACCUGUAAACAGUUCUCGCAUAGAUCCGAAAUUUGUAAAUAAUCCAGAAUUAAGUGAUGUUACAUUUAGAGUUGAGGGCAAAAUAUUUUAUGGUCACAAAAUCGUAUUGGUAACGGCCUCACCAAGAUUCCAAAACAUGCUCUGUUCUAAGUUGAGUGAGGGCAGCACACCCACUGUACAAAUCAAUGAUAUACGGUAUCAUAUAUUUCAAUUGGUCAUGCAGUAUUUAUAUAGUGGAGGAUGUAGCAGUUUAGAUGUCUCCAAAGGAGAUGUUUUAGAACUAAUGGCCGCCGCUAGUUUCUUCCAGUUGGAAGGUCUACUACGCUACACCGAAUCUAGAUGCUCCGAUAUGAUAGAUAUUGACAAUGUGGUGGCCAUGUAUAUACAUGCAAAGGUUUAUAAUGCCCUCAAAUUGUUGGAGUUUUGUCAGGGCUUUUUAUUGCAGAAUAUGGUGGCUCUGUUGACUUAUGAUGACUCUGUUAAGAGAUUGUUAUUUGCCAAAAAGAUACCCAAUCAUGAUGUAUUAACUGGACUUUUACAGGCCUUGCAGCAGCGCAUUAAGGAACGUAAGUCCUUGGGCUCUUGCAGUUUUCGCCAACACUUAAACACACCUUCUUUGACUGGUUCAUCCAUAAAUAAUGCCAAUACCUUGGGAGUUGGCCAGAAGUGAAAAUUAAACGAAAUUUCCAUAAGACUCUGUUAAAUGAAUAGUUAUUUAGUUUUAGGUUUUUUUUUAGAACGAAGUAGCGAUAUUUAAAUCAAUUUGAUUGGUCGGUCGGUCUACUGUCAUUUUGACAAGCGUAUGUAUAUUUAUAUGUCUAUGUAAGUAUUGUAUCUUAUUGUAAAGAACCUUUUUGUAUUAUUUAAAUAAUUAUUAAAUCUUUUUCUUCCAAGAAUAGAAUUCAUUUUAUUUAUUUUUUGCUAUAUUUUCUUUUUAUAUACAUUUAGAAAAAUGUAAUCUAUAUAUUUAUAUAAAUACUGUAUGAUGAAAACAAAAUAAUUACCCUUCGGACUGUUAUACUCAUACUAUUACAAUAUAAUUUUAUUGAAAACAAAAAAAAUAAACAAAAUUAUAAUAAACAGUGCACAGUUUUCAUAAGUCGUAAUUAAAAAAAAUAAAUAAAACAAUAUGUUGUAGUUAA